UGCUGCUCUAUAUAAUCCCCUCUCCACUCCUUGCCAGAGAAGAGAAAGGAGUAGAUUUAGAGAAGCUAUAGAGAGAUCAGAACCUAACUCAAACAUCCUCCUCCAUCAUAAGUACUCUGUUUCGGUACAAGUUCUUCUACUGUUUUUUCUAUGGGAAAACUCUCGGUUUCAUCAAGCCAUUAGGACUCCCUUCAGCUCGAGAGAGUGAGAGAGAGAGAGAGAGAGAGACAGAGGGAUGGCGGGGAGGUGGCGUGAUGGGAGCUCAAGCACGGCCGUUUUGCUGCAGAGGGAGGCGACGUAUAAAGAGUACGCUGGCCAACUGUUUGCUCCAGGAACUCCUACCGGCGGUUCUCUGGGCUCAUGGUGUCUUGCAACUCUCAAGGAUGGUUAUGGGAGCAGUCCUGAUAGGCCCCUAUUUAGGCCAAUUGAGUUGGAAGAAAUCGAUGACGACGAAUCAGAUGAGCUUCUUCAUCAGCCGGAAAAGAAGAGGCGGCUAACUGCAGAACAAGUUCAAUUCCUUGAGAAGAGUUUCGAGUUCGAGAACAAACUUGAACCUGAGAGGAAGCUUCGGAUUGCAAAGUUUCUUGGACUAAAACCCAGGCAGAUUGCUAUAUGGUUUCAGAACCGCCGAGCACGGUGGAAAACAAAGCAGUUGGAGAAGGACUAUGAGGCCCUGAAAUCUAGCUAUCACACUCUCAAGAUGGAUCACGGUAGACUUCUCAAGGAAAAGGAAGAACUGGAGAUUGAGGUUCUUUCUCUCACAAAUAAGCUACUUCUGAAGGAGAAAGGCUGCAUGGAACCAUUUGAGUUGAACAGACAUCCUAACAAGUUGAGGAAUUCGAACUCCAAUUUGGACACUGGGGUGAAGAAAGUGCAUGGGCAGACCAUGCCAUGCAAGCAAGAAGAUAUUAACUCUGCCAACAGCACCAUGUUAGACUCUGAAAGCGCUCGUUGCAUUGAUGAAGGUAGUUAUUCUAUGCUAAUGGAGCUCACCAGUCCCUCAAAUGCCUUCGAACACGUUCGUUCUGAUCAAUCACAGAUUGGUGAGGUUAAAGCCUGCAGCUUCUCGAGUCUUCAGGAUAAUUCCUGUGGUUCUGAGUUCCAUGUCACUGAGCAAGACCUGUGGUUGUGGCCUUAAUUAGAAUGCUUAACCUACAUGUAUAUUAUUACCUGCAUUUGCUGACACUUCUAUAGUUAUCCUUCCUCAUUUUGCCCCAUAUGUAGUGGUAGACUCCUAGUUAUUAGAGCUUAAUCCAAGAUGUUUAGUUCUUGUCAGGGUGUACUCAGUCAUUUGAUCUAGGCAUGAAUGAUCUCUUGUGUUCUUUUUUUGUUAAGACCUUUCUGCUAAGGGUGACAUGAAUAUAGAUUGGUACUC